UUUAUAGGCAGGAGGAGAUCUGUAUGUGGUCCAUCAAGGGCUGGCAGCUCUAGAAUGUCCUUGAAACAGACUUCUGCUCCCUGCUUGCCCUGCCAGCCCAAGGCCUGGGAUCCCCAUCACAGCUGUGGUCCUAAGCACUGGGGAGGCCCAACCUCCUCCAGCUCUGGACUCUGCCCAGGAAUUUCCGCAGAAAUGAGAAGGCAGGUCAAAGCACAAGCAGGUUGAACCCUGCCAUCCCCAAAGGAUCCUGGGCUUCUCUUGCUCCUGACAGCCGCCUGUUCACCACAAAUAUCUGCAAAGCCUGACACAUGGCAGACGAAAUGCCAAAACAAAGGGAGUCCAUCUCUCUCACACCAAUGUCCCACGGUCUGGAGAACAUGGGGGCUGAGUUCCUGGAAAGCAUGGAGGAAGGUCGACUCCCCAGAAGCAACGCAAGCCCUGCAGAGGACACGGGCAACUGGGACAAGGAGGAACCAAAACCCUUCUUCAGAUGGAGGACAAGCCUGCAGCCAGGCCCGCAAGUCAGAAGGUUCUGUGAGGCGAAUAGGCAGCUGUUUCAAUGGAUCUGCAUAGGCCUGCUAUGUACUGCAUUCAUCGCGUUCCUGCUCAUUGCCUGCCUCCUGGACUUCCAGAGGGCCCUGGCACUGCUGGUCAUUACCUGUGUGGUCCUCUUCUUUCUGGCCCACAGCCUGCUGAUGAGGUUUCUGGGGCCCAAGCUCAGCAAGUAUUUGAAACUCCGGGUCCAUUCCCGUUUGAGCCUCUGGUUGAAGAGAGGUCUAGCCCUCUUGGCUGGCCUGGGCCUGAUUUUGUGGCUGUCUCUGGACACUUCCCAACGGCCUGAGCAGCUGGUGUCCUUUGCAGGGAUCUGUGUGUUCCUCACUCUCCUCUUUGCCUGCUCGAAGCACCACCGUGCUGUGUCCUGGCGGACCGUGGCCUGGGGACUUGGGCUGCAAUUUGUUCUUGGCCUUUUCGUCAUCAGAACAGAACCAGGAUUCAUGGCUUUCCGGUGGCUGGGUGAUCAGAUUCAGGUCUUUCUCAGCUAUACCGUGGCCGGCUCCAGCUUCGUGUUCGGGGAGGCUCUGGUCAAGGACGUCUUUGCCUUUCAGGUUUUGCCCAUUAUUGUUUUCUUCAGCUGUGUCAUGUCAGUUCUCUACUACGUGGGCCUCAUGCAGUGGGUGAUCCUGAAGAUUGCCUGGCUAAUGCAGGUCACCAUGGGCACCACAGCCACGGAGACUCUCAGUGUGGCAGGAAAUAUCUUUGUGAGCCAGACGGAGGCUCCUCUACUGAUCCGGCCAUAUCUAGCAGAUAUGACGCUCUCUGAAGUUCACGUUGUCAUGACCGGAGGCUAUGCCACCAUUGCAGGCAGCCUGCUGGGUGCCUACAUCUCCUUUGGGAUCGAUGCUGCCUCCCUAAUUGCUGCCUCCGUGAUGGCCGCCCCUUGUGCACUGGCCCUCUCCAAGCUUGUCUACCCAGAGGUGGAGGAGUCCAAGUUCAGAAAUAAGGAAGGGGUGCAACUGACCUAUGGAGAUGCUCAGAACCUUGUGGAAGCAGCCAGCACCGGGGCCGCCAUCUCAGUGAAGGUCGUUGCCAACAUUGCUGCCAACCUGAUUGCCUUCCUGGCCGUGCUGGCCUUCAUCAAUGCUGCGCUCUCCUGGCUGGGGGACAUGGUGGACAUCCAGGGCCUCAGCUUCCAGCUCAUCUGCUCCUAUGUCCUGAGGCCGGUGGCCUUCUUGAUGGGCGUGGCCUGGGAGGACUGUCCUGUGGUGGCGGAAUUGUUGGGGAUCAAGAUGUUUCUGAAUGAGUUUGUGGCCUAUCAGGAGCUCUCUCAGUACAAGCAGCGCCGCCUGGCAGGCGCUGAGGAGUGGCUUGGUGACAAGAAGCAGUGGAUCUCUGUCAGAGCAGAAACCCUCACGACAUUUGCCCUCUGCGGAUUUGCCAACUUCAGUUCCAUUGGCAUCAUGUUGGGGGGCCUGACCUCCAUGGCCCCCCAGCGGAAGAGUGAUUUCUCCCAGAUUGUUCUCCGGGCUCUGUUCACAGGGGCCUGCGUGUCCCUGGUAAACGCCUGUGUGGCCGGAAUCCUCUAUGUGCCCCGAGGGGCCGAGGUGGACUGUGUGUCCCUGCUGAACCACACCCUGAGCGGCAGCAGCUUUGAGGUGUACCAGUGCUGCCGCCGCGUCUUCCAGAGCACCAGCCAGUUCAGCCCAGAGGCGCUAGACAUCUGCUGUCAGUUCUACAAUCACACAGUCUGCUCGUAGCAAGAACCGAACAUCUUCCCUGCCUCGGGGCUAUGCUUCCUUCUUCUGGCCCCUCCUCCAGGCAACCGCGGGACUUACACCUGCCUCAGCCCAGCCAUUGGGUAAGGGUGACGGAGUGAGAGGGGACACUGGUAAAUGGAGAUUGCUCCCACACCUAGCCCCUCUACUGGCCCAUGCCCUGCCUUCCCAGGGUCCUUUCCGCCCCCUCUCUGUCUGCAGCCGGCAGCACUCUGCCCCUCUCCGGUCCCCUGUCCUCGGGUGUGCCUUCCCCUCUGCUGUGGCAUAUCGCACCCACAAACUCCUCUAGUCCCUUGUCCCUCGGUUCAAAGCACUCCGCGCCCAGAAGCGGUCCCUGAACACUCCGGGUUCUGCUUUCCUCAGAGUGCUGCCCAAACUUGUUUCCCAGUACAAGAGGGGUUCAGGAUGGCCUAUGAUCUUCUAGGUUUGGAAAACACUGGACUAAAUAAAAUCAGACAGGGUUGGGAGUA